AUGAAAAUUCAGGUAAGUGAAAGUGAGUGCGAGUUACUAUAAUAUACAGUUUUAUACGUUUCAAAAGAAUAAAAAAGUUAUGUCGUUUUUCAACUUGUAAGUGAAAGGAAUUUGGCGGCAAGACUUUUUUUUUAAUUUUUAUACCCUACCCUACCCUACCCUACCCUACCCUACCCUACUCUGCCAUACCCUACCCUACCCUAUCCUGAGUCUACACUACUAAGCCUAAAACUACUCUAUGAAGCUUAAAAUUAUCCUACCAAGCUAAACCUACUCUACCAAGCUUACACCUAUCCUGCCAAGCCUAUUCUCGCCCUAGUAAGCCUAACCUAAUCCGACCGAUACUACCAAGCCUAAGCCUAGAUUAUCAACUGAAGCCUAUCUUAACAAGGUUAAAUCUGUUUUCCCAAGCCUACUCUAUACCAAGCUUACGCUUACCUUGGCCCACCCUACUGAUCUUUUCCUGAAAUCCUAACCCUACCUUACCAAGACUAAGCCUAUUUUACUUAGCCUAUACUUAUCCUAUCAAGCCUAACCCUACCUUACUAGGCAUAAAUUUGUCUGACCCAGCCUGAACCUACCCUACGAAGCCUAAGCCUACCCCACAAAGGCUCCAUCUACCUUAUCAAAAUUAAGCCUAUCUAGGCAAGUCUAAGCCUAUGAGACUUGCCGAAAGACAAAGUUAAUUUUUUUAAUUUUAAAUUUCAGAGCUUUGCCGGUUAUGUAUUCCUAAUAUCAUGUAUAUUGCUAAUACUACUCAAUAUAAAACAAGUUCUGGACACGGACAACCGAAACUAUGAUUUUAUCUUUGUUUUAACCGUCUUCUUCGACUUGAUUCCAGCUGCCGCUACGGCUGUGUUGUUCUUUGGAAACCGAAUCGACAGUGUUUCGAUACUCAAGUUUGGUACUGGAGUUGCGGUAGGUUUCACAAUGUUAUGACGUUUUUAAUUACAGAAAGGGGGUGGGUUAAGGUAGAGCAAGAUAUUGCUUGUAGGGUACUGUAAUGUAGAGUGUAUAGGGUAUAUCACUGUAAGGUACUGUAGGAUACUGUAAUUUAGAGUGGAUAAGGAAUAGCAUAGUAAAGUAAGCAAGGGUAUAGCAGGAUACUGUAAAUCAGAGUAGAGUACUGAAAGACGUGGUAAGUUAGGUAAUUGUAAAGCAAGGGAGGGUAUUGCGAGAUAGGGUAGGAUAGGAUACUGUAAAGACCGGUAGGGUAAGGCACUGUAAGACUCUUUAAAGCAGGGUAAGGUAGAGUACUGUAAGACAAGGUAACAUCACGUAAGACAGGGUUCUGUAAAGCACGGUAAAGUACAGUACUGUAAGGCACAGUGAGGUACUGUAACGCAGUGUAAGGUAAGUUUGGGUAUUGCAAGGAAGAGUACUGUAAAACAGAAUAGGAUACGAUAGGGUAAGAGUAGAUACGGUAAGGUUUGGUAGAGUACAGUAGGUAGAGUAGAAUAGAAUAUGGUAUGGUAGGUAGGGUAAAGUAGGGUAGGGUAGGGUAGGGUAGGGUAGAGUAAGGUAGGGUAAGGUAGGGUAGGGUAGGGUAGGGUAGAGUAGGGUAACGCAAAGUACUUUAAUAUUGUUUUAGAUGGCCUACAGCCUGAUAGCUUUGGUAGCCUUACUGUAUGGCUCUUUCAAUGUUGGAAUCGACUACUUUAAAGGAAAACAUGAUGAUAUUGGGUUCUUAUUUUCGUAUGCAUUGUUCAACUUGAUGAUGAUCAUCAUAUCAGCUCUCUGUGCGUGUCUUGGAUACCAAAACUACACCGAAUUGGACCACAAACGAAAAGUGGACGACUUUAAUAAACAAAAUGGUACACAGGUGUUUUAA